AUGAGUGACAAGACUGCUGUGAAGUGCCCCGUCACGGCAGACACCGCAUUUGAGGCGAGCCUUGUUAGUAAGGGGCAUCUGCAGCUCGAUCUUACAGUGAGAUCCGUCGAGCCAUUUGAUGCCAAAGCCGAGCCCGCAGAACCCGCAAAGACCCAAUGGGAACUUUCCCGAGGGCUUGCGAGAGCAGGAUGGACACCCACCGAGAUCACCAAGAACAAUAUGAAGAUGAUGGAGCUUCGAGAGAUGCGAGUUGAUGUGAUGGACAAGCUUCACAAAAUGCAUUCGCAGCUUGUCACCUUCGUUCUCUGCAGCGACUUCGAGAUCCCACCGUAUCGUAUGUACCACUCAGUGCGCUUUGCCUGCCAGGAUAACACCGACUCAGCUGAUCUUUGCCCAUAUUGCACUGAGAUUAAGCCUCCAUCUGAGAUCAAGACUGCCGUUGCACCUCAAGAGUCGUGAGAUGGUGUCGAGACACAUGUCGUGAACUUCCGAGACUCCCUCUUUCGCCUCCAAUACAAAGUCCGCAAUAAAGAGAUGCAACUGAAAGAUAAGGAGCAGCGACUGGGAGAGAAAGAAAAUGAGCUCUUACUGAUGGAGUUCCUGAGAUCAAACAAGUGUGGAUCUGAGAUGGACGAGAUAGUCAGUUCAGUCGAGGUCAAUUUUGGCAGCCAGGAUGGUUGGUAAUGAAGUGGAAAGACUUAAGAACGAACGACAAGAGUCCAGAUGAGAUCGUCAACCAUACCAAGGAGAUCACACUGGAAAAGGGCAGCCAGUGCCUAGGACUGGCUGAGGCACACAAAAGACAGUGCGGUUUGGUCCUAGAGCCAUGAGAUCAGGAGAGCCGUAGAGAACAAUACCUUG